AUGAAUUAUCCCGCCAGAUCGCCGGGCUUCAUCCCUCGUCUACCCCAGUCCAGGAUCGUCGCCUGCCUCUCCGCACGCGGUAGUUCAUCAUCAAGCAUCUACUGUGCCUCCGGGCCCGGAGAUGAGGGUGGCCAUAAAGUGGGUGCUUGUGCGGCGCCACGCUCGGGAAGGACCGACGUCCCUGUUGAGGCGCUGCUGUCGACUACGCGUACCUCUCGACCACCCAAUCCACCCGGUCAACAUGCAUUGAAACCUCAUCUGCCUCUCGCGGAAGUCGAGGCCCCUUUCACUUCGCAUAGAAGACCCUCAUCGCAUGUACGAGACCUCUUCGCCGCUAUAUGCGAUCCUGAUCUUAGGUCGACGAGCAUAUUCGAUGUCCAUGGCGCCGAGGCACAUUACGACGCCGUCGCCGCCGCCGACCAUCGCCACCCCGACGACGUCUAG